GUACCUGUAGUAGCUAUAGUAGCAGCUAUAGUCGCUGUAGUACCUGUAGUAGCUGUAGUAUCUGUAGUACCUGUAGUAGCUGUAGUAGGUGUAGUAGCUGUAGUACCUGUAGUAGCUGUAGUAGGUGUAGUAGCUGUAGUACCUGUAGUACCUGUAGUAGCCGUAGUGGGUGUAGUAGCUGUAGUAGGUGUAGUAGCUGUAGUAGCUGUAGUAGCCGUAGUAGCUGUAGUAGCUGUAGUACCUGUAGUACCUGUAGUAGCUGUAGUAGCUGUAGUAGCUGUAGUAGCUGUAGUAGCUGUAGUAGCUGUAGUACCUGUAGCAGCUGUAGUAGCUGUAGUAGCUGCAGUAGGUGUAGUACCUGUAGUAUCUGUAGUACCUGUAGUAGCUGUAGUAGGUGUAGUACCUGUAGUAGCUGUAGUAGGUGUAGUAGCUGUAGUAGCUGUAGUAGCUGUAGUAGCUGUAGUAGCUGUAGUAGCUGUAGUAGCUGUAGUACCUGUAGUACCUGUAGUAGCUGUAGUAUCUGUAGUACCUGUAGUAGCUGUAGUAGCUGUAGUAGGUGUAGUACCUGUAGUAGCUGUAGUAGCUAUAGUAGGUGUAGUACCUGUAGUAGCUGUAGUAGCAGUAGUAGCUGUAGUACCUGUAGUAGCCGUAGUGGGUGUAGUAGCUGUAGUAGGUGUAGUAGGUGUAGUAGGUGUAGUAGCUGUAGUACCUGUAGUACCUGUAGUACCUGUAGUACCUGUAGUAGCUGUAGUAGCUGUAGUAGCUGUAGUAGCUGUAGUACCUGUAGUAGCUGUAGUAGCUGUAGUAGCUGCAGUAGGUGUAGUACCUGUAGUAUCUGUAGUACCUGUAGUAGCUGUAGUAGGUGUAGGCUGUAGUAGCUGUAGUAGCUGUAGCUGUAGCUGUAGUAGCUGUAGUAGCUGUAGUAGCCGUGUAGUGAAAGUAGUGUAGUAGCUGUAGUAGCUGUAGUAGCUGUAGUAGCUGUAGUAGCCUGUAGUGUGUAGCUGUAGCUAGUAGGUGUAGUGGGUAGUAGCUGCAGUGUAGUAGCUGUAGUACCUGUAGUACCUGUAGUAGCUGUAGUAGCUGUAGUAGGUGUAGUAGCUGUAGUACCUGUAGUACCUGUAGUAGCCGUAGUAGCCGUAGUAGCUGUAGUAGCUGUAGUAGGUGUAGUACCUGUAGUAGCUGUAGUACCUGUAGUAGGUGUAGUACCUGUAGUACCUGUAGUAGGUGUAGUACCUGUAGUAGCUGUAGUAGCUAUAGUACCUGUAGUACCUGUAGUAGCUGUAGUACCUGUAGUAGCUGUAGCAGCUGUAGUAGCUGUAGUACCUGUAGUACCUGUAGUAGCUGUAGUAGUUGUAGUAGCUGUAGUAGCUGUAGUAUCUGUAGUACCUGUAGUACCUGUAGUACCUGUAGUACCUGUAGUACCUGUAGUAGCUGUUGUAGCUGUAGUAGCUGUAGUAGCUGUAGUAGGUCUAGUACCUGUAGUAGCUGUAGUAGCUGUAGUAGCUGUAGUACCUGUAGUACCUGUAGUAGGUGUAGUACCUGUAGUAGGUGUAGUAGCUGUAGUAGCUGUAGUACCUGUAGUAGGUGUAGUAGCUGUAGUAGCUGUAGCACCUGUAGUACGUGUAGUAGGUGUAGUACCUGUAGUAGCUGUAGUAGCUGUAGUAGCUGUAGUAGCUGUAGUACCUGUAGUAGGUGUAGUAGCUGUAGUAGCUGUAGUAGCUGUAGUAGCAGUAGUAGCUGUAGUACCUGUAGUAGGUGUAGUGGCUGUAGUACCUGUAGUAGGUGUAGUAGCUGUAGUACCUGUAGUACCUGUAGUAGGUGUAGUACCUGUAGUAGCUGUAGUGCCUGUAGUACCUGUAGUAGGUGUAGUAGCUGUAGUAGCUGUAGUAGCUGUAGUAGCUGUAGUAGGUGUAGUAUCUGUAGUAGCUGUAGUAGGUGUAGUA